GUGAACGAGCCUUUGACAAAUGAGCCACAAAUGACACUCCUCUGUGCUCGUCUCCUCUGAAAACGGGGUCGCCUUCACCAUCAUGAAGGGGCUCGGGGUCAACCGUAAUCGCCUACUGUCCGACUCCUGCGACCCCUCCUCCUCUCACCACCGGGAGGCGCUCUACCCCCCGAAAAACACCAUGAGCAGCAGCAGCACGCUACCGCGCUCUCCCUACCUCCUCACGCCCGCUCCGAUGGACCGCUAUGGGACCAUGGACCCUCACCUCUACUCCGCCAGCGCUCCAGACUGCGUGCUCAACAACCAAAUGCCCAACAGCAGCACAUUCCCUGGGCUUCACUACAACCACUAUGACUCCCAAGACUUCUCCCCUCCGGAAAGUCUAGGAGGAAUGGGAAGUUUAGGGACGUCUAUGUCUUUGGGAAUGCAGCCGGGAAUGGGCAUGUCAAGUUUACGAACUCCGAUGAUUACAAGUGGAUCUGCGACAAUAUCACACCACAUCAGCAAAAGUCAAAUCCCACAAAGUUUACUGGAAUUUGACAAAAAUCUUCCAGGAGGUAGGGAUGGGUUUAGCACGCUGCAGUUCCACAGAACCACAGCGUUAGCAAAUUCCAAACAGCGCACGGAUAGUCCAGGGAAAAUACGCUACAUGCUGAAUUCGGUCCAGAAACUGUUCAACAAAACUCAAUCCAUGGAAGGGCAUCAGGUUAAAAAUGUUAACGGGCGGUCGUCUGGGAGCGGAGGGGGGUCUUCGAGUGCAGAGGAUGGAGGGAAGCAGACCCGGAGAGCAAAGAGCAAAGACCGUGGUACCAAAGAACCAAAGAGGCGUCCGAGGUCUAACAUGUCGGGAUACUGGAGCUCCGAUGACUUGGACAGCAGUGACGUGAGCAGCUACCACCACACACUGGGUCGACUGGGCACGCACGACGGGCUGCAGAGCCCUCAGCAGAGAUACAUCCACAGCGGCUACAACACCAUCAGCUCAUCCAAAAGCAGCGGAGAGAUGAAGUUCUCCACUCCGGCGAGAGGGGAGGGGCUAGGGGGCCUGGGGGGUCUGGGAUCUCUGGGUGUCUCUGAUCAGGACUACAUCAAAGGAGGGUCCUGGUCCACCCUCACCAUGGGACAGCCGCCGCGCCAGCUCCUCCAACAGGGGGCGCACACACUGGACCGCUCUAUGCUCAAGUCCAAGUCCUGCCAACAAGAGCUCAGCACCAACUACCUGCAGGUCGGGAGGAGGCAUGACUGGAGCAGCAGCCUGGGCAGGGGCGGGGCCAUGGGGAGGGGCCUUGCCAUGGAGAUCCCCUGUCGGCGAAUGAGGAGCGGGAGCUACGUGAAGGCCAUGGGCGACACGGCCGACAGUGAUGACUCCGACCUCAGCCCCAAACCCUCACCUAAAAGCGCCGCCCGCAGGCAGAGCUACCUACGGGCGACGCAGCAGAGCCUGAGUGACCAACUGCCCCCAAGGAACAGGAUGGUGGACUGGGGAUUUCUUCAUGGACACUCUCUGGAUGUGCUCUGGUCCCCUGUGCACCACAGCGCCCCCCUGCUGCAGCACAUGGGCAGGUCCAUGAGCAGCUGUCUUCCAUCCCUCCAGGAGUUGUCCACUACCCCUACCCUGGGUCAGAUGCACUCUUUGGGGGGAGAGCGCUUGGAUUCACUGGGUGGGACCGUGUCUUCUGGAUGGGACGAUGAUGAUCUGAGAGAAGCCGUGAACUCGCUGGCCCGCCGCAGUCGCAUGGGACAGUUGAGGGACAUGGACAGUGGACCUUAUGAGGACCACAGCUCUGAGUCCACCUACAGAGACUCCAGGUCCCAGUCCCAGGACUCUCCCCCUGAUCUGCCCUGUGACCUACCCUCCCAUCUGCCCCCUGACCUGCCCCGCCCCUCCUGCUUCCGCUCGCGCAGCCACAGUUACCUGAGGGCGAUCCAGGCCGGCUGCUCCCAGGAUGAAGACUCUCUGUCUCUGGAGUCCACGUCCCCGCCCCCAACCGAGAGCAGCGUGAGGACAUACAGCACCAGUACAGACGACCUCUCAGCUCAGUGGACUCAGUGGAAGCAUCAGUUUGGCUCGUACCUGAAGGCUACAGGUUUGGACAAAGCUCCUAAAGAGAAACAACUGGCUGUGUUACUGCAGAGACUCGACCUGCACCUGCCCCAAGCCCCACCCACUACCACAGUCUCCACCUGCAUCUCCACCUGUAAGCGCACCGCCCCUCCCCCCGUGCCCCCCCGCACCACCUCCAAACCCUACAUCUCUGUCACGGUCCAGAGCAGCACCGAGUCAGCCCAGGACACGUACCUGGAAGAGGAGGGGCGGAGGUCGGAGGUCACCAGCCAAUCCAGCCAGGCCCACAGUAACUCCUCGGAUAGCCUGGAUAGCACGCAUGCUAACAGCCUCGCGCGUGGCAUCAGACGACCUCCUCAGAUCACCGCCAUCACCAGGGAAACCAGAGAAGCCAUCCCCCCUAACAGAUCUCACGCUGCCACGGAAACCACAGACUGUGCGGCUAAAGCUAACGCCACAUUAACAGGAAUGGCUAAAGCUAAUGCCACACUAACACCGGAGGAGCAGCAUGAAGCACUGGCCCCCAGGAGGAAGCUGUCCUCCAUAGGCAUCCAGGUGGACUGUCUCCAGGACUCCUCUGACCCCGCCCCCCGGGAGGACACGCCCCCUCUGAGCCGCUUCCAGUCCAUCGGGGUCCAGGUGGAGGACGGCUGGCAGAGUCGCUCCAGCAGCAUGACCAAACAGGAAACUGACUCUGACACUCAGGAAGAACCACACCCUUUGUAUAAGCCCCAAACAAAACCCUCAGAGAAGAAAGUGAUGGUCAGCUGUGGCAGCCAAUCAAUGGCUCAGGACUCUCUGGACCAGGAAGUGCCCGCCCCCUCAACCAUUACACGGCAGAUCCUCAACAGAUCUACCACCCGGAGCAGCUCAGACUCGUUCUCAGAGAGCUUGGAUCCUGCCUUGGACCCGUCCUGCCUGCCCCCUCCAGACCCGUGGCUGGAGAGCGGGGUGUCGGGGGGAGGUGGAGCAGCUCUUACCCAAGGAGGAGUGAGUACUCCUGGGGGAAACCUGUGCCGACGUGAUGGGCAGUGGUUUCUGAAGCUCCUGGAGGCCGAGAGAGGGCGCAUGGAGGGCUGGUGUGAGCAGAUGGAGCAGGAGACACAACACCACCAACUGUCAGAUGAGGUCUUGGGGAAAGUGCGCAGUGCUGUGGGCAGUGCUCAGCUCCUCAUGUCUCAGAAGUUUCUGCAAUUUCAGGCACUUUGUGAACAAAACCUGGACCCCCUCUGCUCAUCCCACCCCACCCCUCAGGACCUGGCCGGGUUCUGGGACCAGCUCCAGGUCUCCAUCGAGGACCUCAGCCUCAAGUUUGAUGAACUCUACCACCUCAAAUCCAACGAGUGGCAGCCCCCCGAGAGGAAGGAGCUCCAGGAGAGGCCAGCGGCGGCGGUGAAGAAGCCCGCUAAAGGUCGCUCGUCUCUAGGUCGAGAGCAGAGCGUGGACCCCCCCUCCGGCUCCAGACAAGAAGCUCGUAAACGCCUCGUUGCAGCCAAAAAAUCCACGUCUUUUCGGCAGAACUCAGCAACGGAGAGCGCGGACAGCCUGGAAAUGUACGUCCCCGAGGCCCAAACCCGGCUGUGAAUCCGGAUCUGGACCGGACUUAGGGACCCCUAACCUGGAUCGAAACUGGACCAGGACUGUGGACUGGGGCACAUUUCUAAAACACUUUCAUAGCCUAAAUAGACAUGAAGCAAUCAGAUACUUAUAUUUUGGACAUUUGAGGCUCAAAAAUUGACUGGUUGCAAUAAAAGAAAGAGGAUAAACUUUUAUUACAUGUUGAAGUUUUAAAUAAAUUAUGGACUUUUGACGCAGAAGUUCCAGGUCGGAUGCUGCCAAACGUCACUGCAGAUAUAAUGCGUACAUGAGUUUAAAUGAUGGGACUUCAGAAUGUGGAUCAGAACGAC